ACCCGCCGCUGCCUGCUUUGGAGUGUGUUCCUGGGAAAGGGCCCGGUGGGUUUCUUCCCUUCAGAUAUUCAUCAUUUCGGAGGAUUUCAGCACAGAGAUUAUUGGACUUUGCCAUAUCUGACCAGGAUGAAUUCAUCAUUGGUUGCUUAUGAUGAUUCAGAUUCUGACACAGAGACUGGAAAGGCUGAAAAUCUCAAUCUUUCUAGCAGAGAAACCAGACUUGCAAAUUCUGCUAUGAAUCCUAUUCAGUAUUUUGCACCCGGUGGAUUAGGCACAAAAUCUACAUACAAAAUGCAGACUGUUGAGAAUACUGCCAGUACUGGCACAAGCAUUAUUUGUGAAGGUGCUCCUGCAUAUAAGGUACAGGCUAAUAACCGGGAUUUGGCAGCUGUUUAUCCCUGGAAAGAAUAUUCUAACAAGGCUGAAACGCUUUCUGGAAAUGAAAGUUUCUCUCAGAAGAGAGUACAUCAGGACAAGAUUGUUACCAUAAAGGGAAUUAGACCAUAUAUCCCUAAAAGACUUCGACAAGAAAAAACUUCUAAAGUGUAUGAAAAAAAAGAAUCCGAAGAACAGAGAGAGAGUUGUGCAAUACCAGGAGAGCAAAUUUCCACAGAGGUUUCUGAAUUUAUUAAGCCAUAUUUGGGGUCUAAGAACAAAUCAACUGAAAUCCCAAGGAACUUGGUGUUUCAGAUGUCCAAACACAGUGGUCCAGUUAAUAAAGUCCAGUGGUGUCCUGUACAAGGAUGGAGCCAUAUGCUUCUUUCCACUUCCAUGGAUAAAACUUUCAAGAUAUGGAAUGCUGUAGAUACAGGCUGUUGUUUAAAAACGUACUCCUGUCACAGUUGUGCUGUUCGAACUGCUCAGUGGUCUUUGUGUGGAAGAAGAAUUCUCAGUGGAGGCUUUGAUUCUAUGCUUCAUUUAACAGAUGUUGAAACAGGGACACAGGUAUUUAGCAGCAAAAAUGAAUUUAGGAUCAGCACACUGAAGUUUCACCUUUCUGAGCCUAAUAUUUUUAUUUGUGGAGGAUUCAGCCCAGAAGUUAAAGCCUGGGAUAUAAGGAAUUGUAAGGUGAUAAAAGUCUACAAAGCAGCAGUACAACAGACCUUGGAUGUCCUCUUCCUUCCUGAAGGAAAAGAAUUUCUUACAAGCACGGAUGCAGUAAGCCGGGACUCAGCUGACCGUACGAUCAUUGCAUGGGAUUUCCACAGUGCUGCGAAAAUUUCCAAUCAGAUUUUUCAUGAGCGUUAUACCUGUCCGAGUCUGACUCUGCACCCUAGAGAACCUGCAUUUGUUGCUCAAACAAAUGGAAACUACAUGGCAUUGUUUUCUACCCAACGACCAUACAGAAUCAACAAAAAGAAAAGAUAUGAAGGGCAUAAGGUGGAAGGAUUUGCAGUGGGCUGUGAAUUUUCUCCAGAUGGAACACUUCUAGUGACAGGAAGUUCAGAGGGCAAAAUAUUUUUCUAUAACUAUCAUACUGCUAGAAUCAUUCACACUUUGUCUGCACAUAACCAGGCUUGUGUGAGUGCAACUUUUCAUCCAGUCCUUCCGUCACUUCUUGCAACGUGUGACUGGGCUGGAGAUAUCAAGAUCUGGCAAUAAGAAGACAGGGUUCCCUUUCAGAGUGAAUCCAGCUA